AUGUCUCAAUUAAAAGGUGAUUUUUGGCAAGGAUAUGAUAUACAACUUAAUUCUCAAGGAAAGCAAUAUUAUAAAUGUAAAACAUGUAAUAAACAGUGGGUAAAAAAUACAUCACAGUUGCUAAGUCACUAUAACGAUUAUGCAUUGCAGACUCUUUCAGCUAAUAUAAUAGAAAUACCUACUCCUUCACCUAAACAAACUUUUAAACGACAACAAAUGACAAUAAAUAGUUUUAUUACUAAAAUGACGACAACUGACCAAAAGGAAUUAGAAAGUUUAUUUGCGUAUGCAAUUUAUUCCACAGAAUGUAAGGAUAUCAGGACUGUUACAAAUUAUUUACUUAAUGAAAUACAAUAUUUUUGUCUCACAACUGAUGGGUGGUCUAAUAUUAAUAAAGAUCCUAUCAUCAAUUAUAUGAUUACUAUACUGAAACCUAUUUUUUAUAAGUCAAUUCCUACCAAAGAAGAACGUUAUUCUGCAGAAAAUAUUGCGCAAGGUAUAAAACUUACAAUAGAACAAGCAGACGUUGAUAAAUUUGCAGUUGUCAUUACUGACAAUGCUUCUAAUAUAAAAGCUGCAUAG